GGGAAGUCGACGCCGGCGGUCCGUCAUCUCACAUCAGGAUCCAGGAAGCUUGAACCCGAGGACACAUGCUCAGCAUUUGUGGCCAUCUCGUCGAAAUGCAGAUUGAAUCAUCUUUGCAUCCUUGACCAUCCAUCUAUUCCCUUGCUCGCUAUUUCAUCAGCAUCCGCCCAGCGAGAGUACCAUUAGCCAGUCCGUGGUAACGCCCUCUAGCCAAGCCGAAGCCUUCUGGUACAAGGUCGCGCUCAGCAGUCCGCUCGCUGCAUUGCAAUUAUGCGCGUCGCAUCACUCUUGCUGCUCAGCAUCGCUGCGCUGAGCCAGACGCCAUCCAUCAGCGCGACUUCUGGUGUCGUCGUUGAGCACAACGCCGUCGCCUCGUCCUCAUCGCUGAGAUCAACUCCUGCUGCAUGGCUCCCCAAGAGGCAUGGGGAUCAUGGUCAUGAUGAGGAAGAGUCACAUGGUCAGACCGCCCACGACGACCCUCACCACAUGCCUGCUCCCUCAGCUUCUCUCGAGCACACUCAUACCAGCGUCGACGCGCAUUCACAUGGACACGCCCACUCGCAUACCCCAGACCCACACGUCCCCACAAUAGAAGAGGCCGGUCUGCGCCCCCUCACCGUCCCCGACUUCCCCCACGCAAAGGGCGGGCACACGCACGCCCAUUCAGACGCUCCUGCUGAGCUGCACCUCAAUGAAUCGAAGCUUCUCAAGUCAAAAGGCCCCGAGCCGCUCAGCUACAUCGAAUGGGACUUUGCCUACGGGAUGGGGAGCCUCGAGGCGCUGCGCCGCUUCACCUCGCCGGAGUACACUGAGCUCGACGCGACACAGGAGAAGGGAGUAAUGGGCGCUCUUGAUGGCAGGUUUCGCACUCUGCUGGAUGAGAAGGACCCACAAGCUCGAAAAGCCAUUGUGGAGGACAUUGCCUCUCGCGUGGAAGGAGACCAGCCUACGCGUCACAAAUGGCUCCUCAUUCUACACGUUGCAGGCGCCAUGCUCAGCUGCUUCGUCUUGCUGCCGCUUGCCCUCUUCUUGCGAGCGGCAGAAUCCUCCCUUGCCCCCUUAGCUUCGCUCGUCUACCUGGCGAGCUUGGCCGGCUCGCUUGUCUUGUCCUCGCUGUACAAGGCGUUGUCGCCACAGCUCUACCCGAAGAAUGUGCACGGCAAGAUGGGUUGGAUCAUCCUGUGGAUCUCGGUCAUCUGCUUGGGCGGUGAUGUGUUUAGGCUGCUGAGCCAGAUCGCGGGCGUGCUGCGCGGCGGCUCCUCCUCGUCGAAGCUGCGCAACCUUCUUCAUCUGGCAACAGGCGGCUCGUCCAGCGAAGAGAAGUACUCAGCAGUCGAAGAGGAGCGCAUGCUCGGGGACGAAGAAGAAGACAAUGCCCGCCACCAUCGCGUUCACUUUGCCCUCUCUGCGUCGCGAGAAGGCAGCCUGGAGACGCUCCGGGAUGACGGGCAUCGCUGGGCUCAGCGUCACGAUAGCGGCGAAGACGGCUCCAUCUCUCCUUCCAGCACGCUCGUCGGCGCGAAUGCUACCUCCGGUCGCAACAACAGCUUCACGGAGAUGUUGGCUCAAAAGCUGCCCUGGAAGCUUCGCAGCCCAUCACAGAGCUACCACGAUGGCUCCGGCAUCGAGUCGUGGCGCUCAAACGCAGCUCGUUCUCCUUCUCCGCCACCCAUUGUCCCCGCUCGCAGCAGAAGGAGCACGCUUCUUUCUAUUCUUCGGUACACCCACGUAACGGUAUCCCGCUCUCUGCCCAUCAUAUCCUUCGCCGCCGCCUAUGCGGGUCUCGCUGUCUACACAGGUACCUGCCGCAAGCCAAAUCAGAACGGUUGCCUGGCCCACGGAAUCAAGGGCGGAAUCUUUUUCUGGUACGGGCUCCUCACCUUUGCCCGCUAUCUAGGCGCGUACGCCGAGUGCGGGUGGGCGUGGAAUCGACGCCCUGCCCAUACGCAGUCAACAGGCAGGAAGGGUGGCCAGGCAGCUUGGAAAGCCAAGAUGCCGAGCGCAGAGUGGGUCGAAUGCGCAGUCAUCUUUACGUACGGAGCGACCAACACGUGGAUGGAACGAUUCGAUGCGAAGCCUGGCGACCCGUACAGUGUCAAGCAGGUGCAGCACAUCAGCAUCGCAGUCAUGUACUGGUUCGCUGGCGCUCUGGGCGUGCUCCUAGAGACCAAGUGGGUGAAAGACCUGCUCAGCUUCCCCGUGGCGCUCAAUCACCCUGCAGCGGCCGGAUCUUCCGCUACUCUCUCGCGCAGACGCGGCUCUCGCUCGUCCCCAGCACAAGAGGAUGAAGAGCCCCUCGUCGCCGCUCAAAUCUCCCAGCCGUCGUACAGCGGCUCCUUCAACCCCUUCCCGGCGCUCUGCAUUGGCGUGACAGGCCUUGCAAUGUCAGCCCAUCACCAGGACUACGUCUACGAGGUCUCGAUCCACUCCCUCUGGGGCAACCUCCUCGCCGCCUUCGCCCUUCUCCGUUUCCUCACCUACUUCUUCCUCUUUCUGCGCCCGCCCACCGCAAGCAUCCUCCCUUCGCGCCCGCCCACUGAGGCCUUGGCGAGCUUCGCGCUCGCGAGUGGCGGGCUGGUCUUCAUGAUCAGUAGCGAAGAGGUGAGCUUCGCAGCUAUGCGAAACGGCUUUGGGGAUUUCAUGGCCAUUCUGUGCGUGACCGUGGCGGUCAUCUGCUUCGUCUUUGCGUGGAUUGCCGGGCUGUUCGUAAUCAAGGCUUGGGCAGUGAGGAGGGAGCACCGCAGAGAGGCAAAGGCGGCAGAUGGUGAGAUGAGGAUGGCGACGAGGAAGCCAAAGGCGAGGAGGGCGAGCGCCGCUCCACUGAAUGCGGUUGAUGAGCAGGAGGAGCAGAGGGCUGCCGGUGAGGAGGGAGAACCGGUGUUCGUCCUCGGUGAGGAUGGAGAGGAAGAGGCGGGAGCCACCUCCAGUACAGCACCUAGACAGCUCAGCCAGAGCCCGGACAAUUUGGUGUAGAGGCAAAUGAGGAGAGGACCCAACAUGAUACCCGGCAAUUGCGCCUCCCGCAGCUUGCGCUGACGG